AUGUCUUCUCUAUCUCUCUCUCUCUCUCUCUCUCUCUCUCUCUGUGCUUUAAUCUUUCUACCUUUCUGGUCCCUCUCUUUAUCUCUUUCUACCUUCUCUCCCUCCUCCUUUGCCUCCCACAGAUAUUUUCUUUUUCACCUCUUAUCCUCCUCUCUUAUUCCUCCUCUCACUAUUUCCUCUCUCUUUCUCCCUCAUUUUUCUCCCUACUCUUCCACUCUCUUCUUUUAUCCUCUUCCCUCAUUCCCACUUUCACCCAUCCCUCUCACAUCUUAUCCUCCUCUCCCAUUCACACUCUCACUUCCACUCCUUCCUCUCUCUUUCUCCCUUCUCUUUCAUCUCCUUAUACUCCUCCCUUUUAUCCUCCUCUCCCAUUCACACUCUCACUUCCACUUCUUUCUCACUCUUUCUCCUUUAUCAUCACCCACUCUUUUCUCCUUUUAUCCUUCUCCCCAUUUUAAACACACUUCCCUCCUUUUCAUUUUCUUCCUCCUUCCUCAUCUUCCUCCUCUCUCUCCUUUUAUCCCUCCUCUCACAUUCACACUCUUACUUCCACUUAUUCCUCACUCUUUCUCCUUCCACUCUCUCUCCUUUUAUCUUCCUCUCCCAUUCCCACACUCACUUUCACUCUCUACUUCCACUUCUUCUCCCUCUUUCCUUUUAUUUUCCUCUCCCAUUUGCACUCUCACAUUCACUCCUCUCUCACUCUUUCUGUCUCCUUCCUCAUCUUUCCCCCUCUCUCUCCUUUUAUCCUCCUCUCCAAUUCCCAAACUUACUUCCACUCCUCUCUCUCUCUCAUUCCCUGAUUUUUGCCUUUCUUUUUAUCGCUAG